AUGCAGAAUGAUCUUCCUACCUCAACCAGUGGUAAUGAUAACACCGAGUGGGACUCUACUACGAAGGACAAUCCUGAAGACUCCGAGGACGAUGAUUCCAGCCCCCCCCCCUUUCGUGAAAGUCGAAGUGGCAGCACCUCUAAAGCCCGCAGCAAACGUAGAGCUCCCAGCACUGGUGGAAGUCAACAGAGCUCGAGGGCCGAAGCAGAUCGCCGAAGAACGGAGGGCCAUGAGGACGAUCGAUAUAAAAAAGGCGAAGUCCUGCUGCUUACGUUUUCCUUCACCGAUCUGGACGAAAUCAAAUCAAACAACACCAAGUCGAAUGACUGGACGUUCAAAAGUCUCAAGGAUGAAACCGCCGGGGUCAAGAAAGCAUUUGAAGAUUGGAAAUACGCGGUUGACUCUUUUGAUAUCCCAAUGGAAGAUUCAACGAAAAAACUCAAAGACAAGUUGGGGCGUUUCUUAGAGAAGAGAACUGACAGGACCAAAGAGACUUUACUGGUAGUAUAUUACCACGGACAUGGGGGAGAAAUCGGGAAAGGCAGCUUCGGCUUCACCAGCCAUAAUUAUCCACGUAAUAUCGGUACUCUAUGGGAAACAAUGCUCGAUAUCUUCGAAACCCAAACCGAUUUUGAAAAGGUGUCCGGGUACCUAAGGUCCAAAGAGAGUUAUUUUCAAAAAGAAGCCAAAGUACACUGGAAAGACCUUAGCAGUCUGAUCAUGGAUGCCCAAUUCGACACGCUCGUCAUCCUCGACUGUUGCGACGCCGGACUCGCUGCCCUGUCCAGCCGGAAGGACAGGAAGGCUCAAGAGAAGAAAUAUAAAGAGCCUGCGGACAAGGAAAAGAUGAAUUACUGCAAGGAACUCGUCGGCGCGUGCAGUUGGGCGAACACGACGGAAAACCACAUGAGCCCGGCAUUGUGUCUUGCCUUGGAACAUUAUAAAAGGCCAGGCAACUCCAUCAGUAUGGCUACCCUCGUCCGAUACAUGAAUGACAAGCUUGGGGACGAGUACAUCAAGGGCAAUCCCGUCCCGCAGGCGGUCCAUUAUGUACUGGGGCCAACCAAGCGGAGGAAAAUCUUUCUGCAGCACUUUUGA